CCGGGAAAGUUGCGAGGCGGCGAGGCGGGCGGCGGCGGCACCGGGCACGGCGGCACCAUGGACGACUUGGACGCCUUACUGGCAGACCUGGAAUCCACCACUUCACAUAUCUCCAAACGGCCAGUAUUUCUAACAGAGGAAACGCCUUAUUCCUACCCAACUGGAAACCACACAUACCAGGAGAUUGCUGUACCACCUCCAGUGCCCCCGCCACCUUCCAAUGAGGCCUUGAAUGGCACUGUGAUUGACCCCUUAGACCAGUGGCAACCCAACGUAUCCAGAUACGUCCACCAGCAACCUCAGUCCCAGUCUCCUAUAUACAGCUCUAGUGCCAAAAGCUCCAGUGCCUCUGUUCCUAGAGACGGGCUCAGCUCUCCUUCUCCUCGUGCCAGUGAAGAGGAACACGUCUACAGUUUCCCGAACAAGCAGAAGUCUGCAGAACCAUCUCCCACAAUGACCAGCUCCUCUCUGGGCAGCAACCUCUCAGAACUGGACAGACUUCUUCUGGAACUGAAUGCUGUUCAACAUAAUCCUGCCAGUGGCUUCCCAGCAGAUGAAACCAGCAGAAGCCCAUCACUACCUAGUGUGACUGGACCUCACUAUGUCGUCCCAGAGAGCAGCAGUUCUGUAGGAGGGAAGGCUGCACCCCCUACAAAAGAAAAGCCAAAGCGAAAUGGUGCCCGUGGGAUCGAAGAUGUGCGUCCCAGUGUGGAGAGCCUGCUGGACGAGCUGGAGAGCUCUGUGCCAAGUCCAGUCCCUGCAAUCACUGUGAGCCAAGGUGAGGUGAGCAGCCCCCAGCGGGUCACCGCCAGCCAGCAGCAGACCCGUAUAUCUGCUUCUUCAGCUACACGAGAACUGGAUGAGCUGAUGGCGUCUCUCUCUGACUUUAAGACUAGUUCCACUAUGUCUCUGAUUUCUGAACCCUCCCUAGAACCGAUUCCCAGUUCAGCAAAUCCAGACUUCAGCAACACUUCUCACAGUCCAACAGUGCUAUCCCAUUCCAAACACCCUUCUGCAAGUCACAGCGGGGACUCGACAGUGCCAACAUCUGCCCCCUCAGCAGUCCUCUGCAUUGAGGAAGGCAGUAACACUGCAGCUCUGCCUACUGCAGGGCAUUCUGCUGCUCUUCCAUGCACGCCCCGUUUGCCACAAACGGUCCCUGUGCCCCCACCACGAGUCUCUUCUAGUUAUGCUACUCGUGGGCAGCAGGUGACCUCUGCAAGCUUGAUUCGGCUGAGCAGAAAGUCUGACUCUUCUAGAAACGGUUCCCGGGCUGUGCCGGCUUCCAGUGUGGAGCUUCUGUGUAGAUCUGCUACUGUGGAGGCACAAGGCCUAGAGUACGAUUCAGCAAAAGAGACUGAGAAGGAGCAGAGAACUGAUCCCAAAAUCUCUAGCGUAUCAAUUUCAAACGCUUUAAAUGUUCAAGGGAAGGGGCAGACACCUAAAGAGCUGGAUCAGCAGGGAGCAUUCAGGGACAAUUCAGCCCUUCCUUCCCAGGGCAGAAGUGUGGAAAUGGUUUUAGAUGAGCUGUGGGCCCUGGGGCUGUCAGCACAUGUGCCAGAGGUACAUGCAAAGAGUGACGGUGUUUUGAAUCCUGUGUAUGAACCUUCUGUUGUGGUCCUGGAUCGGUGGGAUGUCUUCCCAGACACUAAAAACCAGUUGAGCUUUGUAGUGGAGCAAGGACAGGAGGUAAAAGCUGAAGUACCACAUGAAACCAAGGACUGUCCUGAUUUGGUCAAGAAGAGGCAGGGCAGAGAGAGAGAGAGAACUCCCAGGAAGGCAGGUACUGCCAACAUGAACAAAACCAGAGGAGACGAGGAAAACGAGCAGUUCGGAAGCUCUGCAGUUGCUCCAGAAUCUCCUGAAAAGAUUUGGAAAGCUGAAUGGGAUCUGCCUUGCGUCUCCAAACCACCCAUUGAGAGGAUUUCCGCAUCAGGCCAGAUUAAAUCUUUAAUCAAGAGGACAAAAGAGACUGCGAAUGUGCAUCCAAUGUAUCGUGACCUCUCUCCAAGACGUAAACUAGGUCCUGCCAUAUUUCACAAGACUGAGUCCCAAGAUCACUUGAUUGAAGAGCUGCAGGACAAACUGGGCAUCGCUAAGCAGGAAGAAUGGAAAAGCCAGGAUGACUGGCUGGCAGAGGGGGUCAUUAUCACUGCCAGACCCCAGGGGGAAGAGCAGAAUGGUGGACAGCAAGUAGAGAAGGUGGUUUUUCCUCCAGAAUCCCCGCUCCCCCCAAGGAGGACAGUCUCUGUUCCAGCCUCUCCCCCGCUCCAGCCUUCCAAAGAAGCUGCAAAGACAGUCUCUGCUAAUGCCGCUCCCUCUCAUCUCUCUGUCCCUGCGCCUCUCCUCCCACUCCCGCCUCAGCCUUCCCAUGUGCCAUCUACCUCAGCUCCGAGUCCAGUCUCUUCCUCUUCCUUCAGCUUGGCUCCCCAGCCUCUCUUUCAGUGGGAAACUUCUGAUGAUGAUUAUCAUGAGCUUUCUGGUGUGGGCACCCCUCCUGAAGAUCCUAGGCACUCCUGUUCUCCCCAGGCCUGGACCCCUAGCACCAAGACAGUUGUUUCCGUUGGCUGUCAGACUGAAGAUGAAGCUUUCUUCCCACAGAUGCAGGCAGGCUUACCUCUUCUGGGUUGUGUUUUUAGCAGUGUUUUCCAGUCUAAAUACUGCUCCCAGCUUGAUAGCUCAGUAGAUAGAAUGUUCAGGUAAAGGCUAGUACUGAACUGCUAGAUAGAAGAGGACUCUUUGGCAAUAUCUAAUCCCAGCUGUGCCUGUCUAGCACUGCAAAGUACAUGCCUGUGCAAUAACCUGCUGGGGUGUGAGUAGUUACUGUCUGUCCUGACUUUGUGCAGCAGGGACUCUGGUUCCCUCUGAGGUGAAGGAGGCAGCUCUGAAGCACAGGCUGCAGAUCUCCCUUGGAGUGGGCAAAACCUUGAUACUGGAAGGAGCAAAUCAGCAGUCAUUCCUGGUUUGCCUGUUUAGGCAGGUGUCCACAGUGCGAGUGGAUUUUGGGGAGGAGAUGAUCAAGAGCUGUGUUCUGCAUCUCCUGUCAGGGAAGGGCUGCAGCUCCAGGAUGGUGGGAAGUCUUAAUGUAUAUGAGCACUGCAGUACUGUGCAAUGUUAGAUGUAUAGGCAGCUUUCAAGCAGUGAGCGAGGAAGCACCUCUGCAUCUUGAACUGUUGUACUUUUCAGGUGACCUCUGCUCCUCCCCUAGUCCACAGUGCCAAUCUGCUGGCUGCUCAUGCACCACUGGGCCCCCCAGCCCCUGAGAAGGCAGGACCUCCUUUCUGUUUCUUCAGCAUGGUGUGCUCUACUGGUCUAUGAGUGUGCUGCAGAUGCUGCCAGGAUCUGCUCUGAGAACUCCCACCGCCAUUAAUGUACAUGAUACCCUGUUGUGCGUGGUUUGUUGCUCAUAGAGCUCCUAACUGAACUUGAGUGAUGGCCGAUCUCAUGGGUGAAGGCGUGAAUUUGAAGGGCCUUUGCAUGACAAAUUUAUGUGGAUGCUGUGCUGAGUGUCCCCUGUAAACAGCAGGCAUUGCGUGUGGGAGCUGGGAACAAACCUCUUUCAGGUGGGGACUCAUCUGUGAGCUGUUGGGAAGGCUGUAUCCCAGGCCAGGUAGAAAUUGUAGCGUGCACAGGUGGUUGUGCUGGCACUGAGGUCAGCUGUGGCUUGCAGGAGUGUGUGGUCCUUACAGGCAAGGGUGAAGUGCUCUGUUGCUACAUGUUGAAUUCAUCUCAUCUUCUUUCUCUCCAAAUGGUAUUUAUCGUUUGUGUGUGGCAUUUUUCCCUGCCCUGCCUGGUGGCCACAAGCCCCUGGUUAGAGUGAGAGAGGAUAUGAGUCUCUUGACGCGGUGCAACCCUUUUCGUCCUGCUGUGCCAUGCAACAGGCCCUGGCUUUGUCCUGGACCUCUGGCCUGGCCUUGUUUACAAAGGUCUGUUGUCUCCCCCCUGUGAAAAGUCUCCUUGCAAUGGUGUGCUUUGGAGACAUUCAUGGUAACCAUUAGGUAGCAAAUAACUUCUGUGUGGCAGAGGGUUUGUUUUAGGCUCAGGACAUUGGGGUGUGAUGAGGCUGUUCUGUGCUGCUGGACUAGGAGAGAGUGCAAGUUAUGGGAUGGCUGGGAGGAGAGAGGAGGGGAGAAACCGUUCAGCUCCGUUGGGAGUCAUGCUGCAUGCAAGGCAUGGCUGAUGAGGAGUGUGUGUAAGAAAGCUAAAAUUAUGUAUGUCAUGAGAAUUUUUAUACAAACGAGUGGAAACCAGGGUUUGUCAUUGAGUAAACUAGUCUGCUACAAGUGUGACCAGCUGCAGGAGAGGGAAUAGAGCUCCUCCUGUGGCUGGAAGGGCAGGUUCUGCCAAGGCUGUGAAGCACUUCAGUGUGUCCCUGCUGCCCUGGCUGUGCUGGCAGCAGGCUGGUGAGUUCUUCUCAAGUGUAGAUUUUAUGUCUAUUUUAAUCUGUCCUCUUAGUAAGAGAAAAUGUGCUCCAGACCAACAUCUCAGGGAGGCACUUCUUUGGGUCUCUCUAAACCUGACAGUAGCUAUUGCAGUGCAAAGUCAGCUAAAAUAAUGUGUAUUUCAUUAUUGCAAUUUGCCUGCAAUGGGGGCUUUGGUGGCCAAAGAGAGCAUAUACUUUGUUUAUAAGUUAUGAACCUAAGUAAAACAUUUCUCCCCCUCCUCUGGGAAGCCUUUCCAAGAAGCCAUGUGUACUGCAGUGGUGUGAGUUUCAGAAACAGCCUCUGAGACAAGUAUCUUAAUCCCUUUUGCCCCACCCCUGUGCAUUUCCAGCAGUCUGACAAUAGACGUGGCAGUCUUUCCAUUGCAGUCCUGUCUGCUAGGGCUCUGCUGUGGAUGCACUGCCCUCUCUGUAGGUAAACAGCAGGCAACUUGAAGGGAGUCAUUUCCUUCCUGCUUCCACUUGCUUAACUCAGGCAGAGGAUGAGAGCCACCUGAUGGGGGCAAAAGAGACUUGGCAAAAAGAUCUGCAGAAGGUGGUGCAAAGAGAGGGAGGGGAAGGGAGAAGAUACUCUAGCUUAAAAGGAGGUGAGAUGAGGAAGAGGGAUCUCUUAUCAGAGAGGAGAGAGUGACAACUGAGAGGGCAACAGCAUAGAAAUAGAGAGAGGUCAAGAGGAAGGGGCCCUCUGGAUGUCGUCUCUGCUUUGUCAUCUGGCCAGGACCUGACGAAGUAAAGGGAGAUUUUUGGCAGAGGCAUAGCACUGUGCUGACUGCUUGGGAUCUGCUGGUGACUUCCGCUAUAUGCGCAGUGAAGGAAAAUGAAAUCUUCAGUUCACAGCUCUGCUGUUAUGUGUCCCAGGGUGUCUGCAUGUCUCUGAACGGGCAGAAUACAUGUGUGUACUUGAUCCUGGCUCUCACUGGUUUCUGCAGAGAGCGUAGCUGUCUCCUGGCAAUCUCCUGUCUGUCUCUACAGAGGAGCCACUGGCAGCAACAGCAGGCAUUUAUCUUGUAAGCACAGCAGCACUUGCCUUACAGUCUUUGUUUUCU